CUGAAUAUCUUUGCUUGAAUUCUUGUUAGAAGUACCUGCAAACAAGUAAGAAGAUCGAAAAAUGGCAGAUAUAGAAAUGUUCAGCUGCGACGACUACACUACACAUUUCGAGCCACUCUCGUACCUACAUCAAAUGGUAGCUAUAAAGCCCCAGCCCGGCUUUGAGAGCCCAUUGUCUUCCAUGUUGACCAAAUGUCACAACGCAUUUGACUCAGGUACUAUCAAAGGAAAGACGCUCUUGGAUAUUGGGACAGGCCCCACAAUACAUACCAUUAUCAGCGCAGCUCAACACUGUGACAACAUCUUCUUGGCAAAGUUCUGCCAGAGUAACAGGGACUUCUUAAAGCAAUGGUACGACGGAUCUUUGAAGUCCAGUUUUGAUGAAGUCUUUGAAAUUGUACUCAAACUAGAAGGGAAAAGCAAAACUGAUAUACCCGAGAGAGAGGCAAGUAUAAGAGACAAGAUAGUUAGGAUUCUACACUGCGACAUUAGGGACAAGAACACCUUUUCGACCAACUUCCUUCCGAAGGUCGACAUCAUCACAUCAUCCCUGUGUCUGGAAGCAGCUGCCACAGAUCUGGCCUCCUAUGAAGAAUACGCCGGGAAUAUGGUCGGUAUGUUGAAUCCUGGUGGUCACUUGGUCAUAUUUGGAUGUUUGGGAGGAACUUUCUACACAGUGGGAUCAAAGCGGUUCAGCAGUUUUGGGAUGUCGAAAGAUGAUUUGAUGUCCACAUGGAAGAAGGUUGGAAUUGAGGUCAUUUCCUGGGAAGAGUGUUCGCGACCCGAAAAGGAAUAUCAUGACGUUGAUGUCUUCUUCGGCAUGGUUGGUUGGGAGAAAGAUCCCAAACACUGGGAUCAACGUAUGAUGUGGAUUAUUGACUGUUUUAAGAACAAUUCUUUCAAUGAUUAG